CGGGCCAUUUUACUUUCACCACUUGAUGGUUACUUUACGAGGUCUGAAAAAAAAUUAGUUUGAUUUUUUUACCGAUCACGACACAUCCAUUUGUAGUUAUAUUUGUACGUAUGUUUUUCUAACCAACUUUUCUCCUUUAACAUUAUAGGUAAUUAUAAUUGUAGUAAUAAUAAUUAUUAUAAUGCCUUUAUAGGCAAUCUACCUCUAACUUAUGUGAAAUGAAUAAUAAGUGGAAUUCAGUUUGUUUAGUUUUUUCACAACCCACGGCCCAUUCUCCAUGCCACCCGCACCCGCCAACCCGCCCUGUCACAAACACAGAUCGUAGAUGUGAGCGCAACAAGUAUUGCGACGUUAGUGUGAGUGUACUCAAUACACUGAAAAACAGUGUUUUUUUCAGGUGUUAUUGGUUAUGAGCCAGGAGACGCAUCAAGCUGGCUGUGACGACGCAUGCCCACUGUGAAAUAAUUUGUAGUGGUUUUUCGCGUAUUGGCUACAGCGAGGAGAAGGCGCCACGUGUGGGCCUGCGUACACCCGGGGGCGGGCGCUUUGCGCCGCCCCACAACUGCAUAUAUACCGGCCUGAUGUCGGUUUAUUGACAUCGGAAUCUAAGAAUGAUGUAGGGUUGAACCCUCACAUCAUUGCCCCGGAUCCAUUCGCAUCAGACGACUGUUUAGAUGUCUUUUCACCGGACCAUCAGCUCCUACUGACAAGGUUUGACGACGUAUACACGAUGAAUGCGGGUGAAGAUGAAUCAUCGUCUGGUUUAAAUGGAAGGCUAAGACCUAGAAAAAAUAUUGUCCUCGGCCCCCAAACUAAUAAAUGUGUGCGCAAAUCUGACGGCAAGUCACAAGACAGACAGAAGCGAACAUCUACCCCAUCCAAGGCGUCUUCUACCAAACCAGAUGAUCUCUCUAAUAAGCCUGAUGAAUCUAUUACCCUGCAACUGCUUUGCCCCUACUGUGAUAGGACAUUCGCAUCUAAACAAGCGAUAUCCAAACAUGUCCGCCGCAUUCAUUUUUCAAGUUCUAAGCAGGACCCUAUCUUUAACUGCCUUUUCUGUAAUCAUGCUGUGCCAGAUUCCAAAAACAUCAUUGGACAUAUGGUGGACAGUCAUCCAAAUCAAUACUUCGCUUGUUUGGACUGUCACACACGUUUUCCUUCUACGACAGAGUUGGCUGAACAUAAGCUUAAUGUUUGUGACAGACAUAAAAUGUCCUAUCGCAACAAGUUGCGACAAAAAACCUCAUCGGGGGCGAAGAAGAAUCAAAAGUCCGUUAAUGUAGACGAUAAAGAUGGUAAGAACUACAAUGAUAUGAACCGAUUUAAUGGAAUUGUAAUAUCUUGUGAGCUAAAACCUUCUGAAAUAACCGAUAACGCAGAUAUUGAAGACAACAUUACAACGAAUCUAAUCUUACCGCCCAGCAAGAAUCUAGGUACUAAUGCUGAAAUAGAAAAGAACGCUGUAAUCGUACUGGAUGAUUUACAAUGGAGCAAACGAAUGCCAGCUAACUUUUCGUUCCAUAAUACUGAUGCAGAUCAGAUACUUUCCAGACUAGGCGUAGUACACAGGUCUCCACGAAACAGUGAAUUUGCUAAAAAAGAUUGGCUCAAAAACAUUGACGAAUCCAACCAAAAAUUCGAAAAAUGCUUUGAUACCAGCUUCUACUCAAAAGUUGCCAGUAACGUACAAGAAAAUUUGAGCAAGUUUCUUGACGGAACGUUCAACUUCAACCCGGAUGCUGAUACUACAAUCAAAACAAGAAAAUUAAAAAACAGUGUUGUCAUUAAUACUGCUGAAGGUUUCCCAAUCCUGUUAGCAUGCGAACAAUUUUCAAGAACCACGUUUGAUGGGUAUCUUCCAAGAACGAUUGCACCAAAACAUAAGUGGAAGUGGGAUAACGAAAAACAUCUAUUGAACCCGGAUGACAUAAAGCGUGAUUCGCAUGUUAAUAAUUGCAUCAUAACUUUGGUGUCUAGCUUAGACAUCUGGACGCAGUUAUGUAUGAGACGUAAAUUUGAAGACAAAUUCAGUAUCGCUCCGUUGGAGAAAAAAACUGAGAAACAAAAUACAAUUAGCAAGGAAUUAAAAGAAAUCUUAGAAAGUCGAGAAAUACCAUCGUCUUCAUCACAUGUAGUGAAAUUUUCAGCUAAAGCGAUGCCUCCUGGUGAUAGUCUAGACUUCCCGGCAUCAUUAGGACUGCGUCCAUCUAUGGCAGCGUACGACUUACAGCCGGCGGUGUUGAGCGGCGAAUGGGUGCGACCGAGGUGCUAUGUCUGUUGUGCUUGCGGAGCUCAGACAAGAGAUUCACGUGGUCUUUCAUCUCAUAUAACAACACAUCACCCUAAUGCCCAGGUGCAACAUUACGAAAUCGUGGGAGAACUUCUUUUAAAUGCGGAUAUACUAAAGCAUCUUUAUGUACCCCCAAGCUUAUUGAGUAAUAGAACUCGACCGUUGAGAGGAUUUCGCGAGUGCACGAAAUGUAAAAAGUCGAUCACUUUAGAGGAUCUCCAUCAGCAUAUGUUGGAUUGUGCAGGCGACACACCAACAGUCCGUCGGAAAUGUCGACAUCGUCCUUUCGGUGUACGUAGGAGGCGUCCUCGUUUACCUGACAACACAAUUCGAAAGAAGAUAAGGAAAGAUAUAAGGAGACAAACAAGGCAGCAGAAGAACCUUAUGAGGCCACGACCUAAGAUUCGUACUGAGGUUGGUGAUGCGGAGACCAUUCGAAAGAUGAUAGCUGAUUUACCAGCCAAACGUCAUCGAGUUAUGGUAAAUCCUUCAAAUCCAAUAUUACGACCGAGAAAAAAAUUGGAUCAGCAAAGAAGCAAAUUAAUUUUGAAAAGACGUCCUCCCGAAAUGUCAAAGACACGUAAACAACAAGACGAUCGGAAUGUUAAAAAUCGUGCUCGAUUAGUUGCAACUAUAGAAGAUAAUGAUGAUAAAUCUAGUAAAGACGAUGACGAUAAACCCUUGAAACCAAGAAUAAAGAGGUUACUAACAAAAAACUCAAGACAAAAGGAAUCAUUGAAGCGAAAGGUGGUAUUAAAUAGAGCUAAAAGGAGAGCUCAACUCAAAGAACAAAUGACGGUCCCUGAGACCGAAGAAUCAGAAAAUAAACCAAACGAAAACCAAAGCACAGAACCUGCAGAUACAACUGUUUGUUCGAGAACUGCAUCUAUUGAACAGUUAUCAAUUGGUGGCACUUCUCAAAAAAUUGAUCUCAACAAUAGUCCUUAUCAAACAAGAGAACAUUCAGGUCGCGGUAGGUCUAAUAAUAAUGACCAACAUAGACCGGGCUCUAGUGAACAGAAUGGAAAUAUAAAUAAUGCAUUCGCGCCAACGUCAAAUGAACCGCUUAAACAUUCAAUCGCCCGAUUAACAGCAGAUACAGAUAUUUACGAUAAAUCAUUACAUUUUCACCAUCAGAUGUUUUUAUUACAACAAGAGUGCAAUAGUAUUAAUCAACAUGUACCUGUGGGACAACAACGGUUAUUUGAAAAUGAAGCAGUGGUUACCAAACUUGAUAAACCGCCUUUACAUUUCCAACGAGGGAUGUUAGAUCCUUUUGCGUUUCAAAGAAAUAAACUAAAUAGACCAAGAAAGGGUUUAAAUGACUGUAUUGCAAUGUUAAAAAAUAAAUUGGUUGAACCAAUCCUUACAAAUCAGUCAACCCAAUCUGUGGAAUCUGGAAGUGACGAUUCCUUGAUGUGUCAAUCUGCAACUACUAAUCGACGCGUACCUGAUGCCGAAUAUCAACUUCAAGUAAACACAAGGCCUGCCGAAAUAUUUUCAAGACAUCAUUUUAUUCAAGACAGGCUUAUACAGCUACGAAAUGAAAGUAAUUUAAUGCAUCAAAGUUUCACUGAUAUUCCUUUGCAUUUCUUAUCUGCACAAAAUAUGUAUGAAAUACCACGUCGGGGUAAUAAAAUUGAAAAGGUCAAAGUGUCAAAGCAGAAGCAACUACCGGGACCUAAACGAGAAUCUACGAGGAGAAGAUCUACACGUUCUGAGAAAGAUAAUGUGCGAAAUAAGAAAUAUGUUUUGCCUCCACACAUUGAGUUGAUACAACAGAAAUCUAACGAAAAUUACAGUGCAAAAGUCUCACCUUUGUCUAAAUUUGAUUCUGUACUUUUCCAAAAUAUAGAAAACAAUUCAAGGCGGGAUUCAUCUAAACGCAAACAGAAUCAAUCUUGCAUGCCAACAGCAUUACAUCAAAGAAAACAGCGUGACACAAUCUGUUCGGCAUUAGAAAUAAAAUCGCAUUGCAUUUCUAAUGACGCUCAAUUAUAUGAAAACAGACACACAGGAGCUAGCAAACAUCAUUCUAAACAUGUAGAAAUACGUGAGCGAUCUCCUAUCAAACAGGUUGAAAGUUGUAUUCAAUCAAAACAGGUUGAUAUUUAUGUUCAACCUCAGCUUAAACAGACUGACACUUGUCCUCAAUUUCAAAUGAAAAAGGCCGAUGACUUUACACAAUCACAGCUCAAACAGAGUGACACUUGUCCUCAAUCUCAUAUGAAAAAGGCAGAUGCCUUUACACAAUCACAGCUCAAACAGAUUGACACUUGUUCUCAUUCCCAGAUGAAAAAGGCCGAUGCCUUUACACAAUCACAGCUAAAACCGAUAGACCCUUUUACGACAUCACAAUUAAAACAGACGAACAUUCUCAUGCCAUCGCAAUUAAAACAAGCGGAAGUCUUUACUCCAUCGCAACUUCAACAGGUCGAGGCCUACUUACCAUCACAAAUAAAACAGGCUGAUGUAUACAUAAAACCUCAAGUAAAUUCUACUGAAUCAUACUUACAAACUCAAAUACCAAAUCAAAAACCGUCUGCUGCGUAUACAGAAUGCAAUUUUAAUAAAAUGACUCCAGAGACCUUCCCGGAAUGUGAAGUACCUAGAAUAAUAAUAACAACUCAUGAGCUUUAUCCUGAAAGCAACUUUGAUUCCAUGGGAGUUACACUUACGGCAACGACUUCAGGUUCAAACAAUUUAGAUUUGGUUUUACCUGUACCUUUGGAUCUGUCGGUGACUAUUAAUGACAAUACAGAAACGUCAAAACAAAAUAGCUCAUAUGAGUUAAAUGAUUAUGAUAGUUAUGAGACUUUAGACUUGUCAAGUAAAAGUGUGGAAGAACCAAUAGAUGACAUUAACGACGGUAUAGUCGAUUUGCGUGUAAAAAGCUGUGACAAAUCGCAGAAAGAUUUAGGGUUGGCGACUAAAAACGAUGACAUUGACAUAGAAAUCGCAACUGAUUUGACAAUUAAGACUCUGGAAAUGGAUAAUAUACCAACGGAUUUAACUGUUAAAAAGAAAAUUGUUGCCUAUGAGUACGAUUACAGUUGUGUGCAAGAUCUUUCUAAACAUGACUUUAAUACCUGUGAAACCUCUGCUAAAAUUUUGCCCAUUGCUGAAAAUGAUAUUGUUCAAGACAUACCUACUGAUUUGUCGGGGAAAAAAGGUUUAGAGCACUGUCUAAAUAUAAAAGACAUACCUAAUGUACCAGACAAUCCAAAAGAUAUACCUUGUACUGAUGAAGAUUUAAGUAACACAUGCCCAGCCAACUUAUCUUCAAAUAAAGAUUUGGGUAAUCAAAUAAAUCAAGAAAAUUUUGUCGAGGAAGAGGUCGUUAUUACUGCCGAAAACUCUGAAUCAGAGAUAGAUGUUGAAAAAAGUCAAGAUAGCUACGAUGUAAACGAAGUUCAGUCAUAUAUCAUUAACAGACAAGAACCUUUCAUAAAUAAAGAUUCAUAUGCCUGCGUCAGUAAUGAUUCUACUUGUCUGUUAAAUAAAAGGCUAGACGAUCCUGAGGUAGAUACAAAGAUUCUUUACAACCAGAGUUCUACAGUAACGACAGCUGAUCAAGUGUUAAGCUAUGAGAGUGUUCAAACAUUGAAUAGUCAAGAUUCAUCAGCAUCAAUAAACCUGAAAAACUUAACAAAGCCGCAGACUGAUUACUCAAGUAUGGACAAACCGAAGAAUAAUCUUAUUUGUCUGUCAGAUAACGCUAUUCCUUUAUAUACGAUGUCAAAUACGACGCUGAUUUCUACUAGUAAGCAUGAGAGUACUAUGCCAGUGUACACUUUGGCUAAUGCAUGUAUAUCAAUGAGUAAAAUUGAACCAACACGUAGGGCACCAAAGGUAGAGCCUAUCAAAUUUCCUGAGUCCAUUGAUACUAGUUCAGAAGUUUGCACACAAGCUGGUUCGAUAAGAUUAGAAGAUUACUCUGCUAUUAAGCUUCAAAAUGCCAUGUCUAAGUUUGAAAAUUUAUCGGAGUCUCAAACAAGUGCUAUAAACUGUUCUGAAGCAAGGAUGGAAACUCAAACUACAAUCUCACAUAUUAUUUCAACAUCUGUUUCUUUUACGACACCGUCUGUAGAAGUAAUGAAAACUGUAGACGACAACUCGCCUAAAAUCUCAGAUGUUGAUACUGAAACUGCGAAGAAAAUUGCAAUGUUACCAAAAGAAUUAGUCGAAAUAUUAGGUACAAUGCCGAUUGAUCACAGAAAUCAAUUAUUGAAUAUUCUUCCACAAUACGUAUCAAAGUCUCCUCCAGUUAUUCAAUCUAAAGAGAGUUCUAUGGGAUCAUCAACUUUAUGUACUGUUAUGGAAACAUCAACUUUGACAUGUCAAAGUAAUGUUUUGUCUCACUUGACUGGCGUGGAACAGACAUGUCAAGACGAAAUAAAACCGAUUACACGUUUUCAUGCAAUGAAUGAAACGCCUACAAUUGGAUUUGAUACAUAUAAUCCCAUUGCAUCAAAAACCCCUGAAAUUGACCAAAAUCGUAUAAUAGAUUUAACAGAAGAUGAUCCUACUUUUGAAUCUAAGCCUAAAAAACUGAUAGAAGAAUACAAAAGCAGUGUCACUAUUACUAUAGAUCCACCUUUACCAAAACUCAACAAAACAAAAGUAAAUGAUCAAACUGCUAGCUUAAGAGCAGUAAGAAUUAAAACCGCUUCGGAAAGGAAUAAAUCAAUUUGCAUUGAAAACCAAAUACUUAAAACAAAUGUUGAACAACAAAUUAAAAUUAAUGUUCAAAAUUUCCAGAAUUUACAAAGUAUAACGGAAAGACCUUUGGAAAUUGAUAAAACAAUGGCUAUUCAACAAGCUGAGGUAAGCAGCACUCAACAUAAUACUACUAGUAAAUAUCCACUCGCGAUUUCACCUGCUAGCACUGAAUCUAGUAGUGACGAAGCUGGUAAAAAUAUUUCACAGAAAAACAUUAUAACAGUUGUAGGCACGGUGCCAGAAAAUAUUCAGGACAAAAUGUACAAUGCGUCUUUACCAAAGUCUAGUAAGGUUUCAUCAUCGAUUUCUAAUAAAGUAAUAAAUGAAACUAAUGUUGUACCCCUGGUCAACAAAGAUGCAAAGGAUGCCUCUUCCGUAAUUUCCCCAAUUCAUCAUAUCGAGCCAAUACAAAUUUCAACAAAUAAAGUAAAUAUAUCUCUGGGGGAACCAGUUAUUGCCAGUGUGGUAUCUGAACCUGCCGAAUGUAUUCCAAAGCAAGAUUUGAGUCCAUUAGAUCCAGAUGAUUCCGAGGAUGAUGUUUCGCUCGCUGUGAUAGUGAAACAAAAACAACAGGAUCAAAAUAAAAAAGAAGACGUUUUAGAAGAAUUGAACAGAGAGAUUGAUAAUAAAAAGAAAAAAUACAAGAGAACUAAAAAAAGUAAACAAAAAACUGCGCAUAAAACUAGCGACAUAACUUCUGAUAAAAACGUAAAUUAUGAGGUUAAUAAAACGAUUCCCAUAAAUAAUGAAAUAAAUAAAGUACCUUUAUUGGCAACUAAUCAAAAUACUAAUAUUGUUAUGGAAAAGCCUUUAAAAAAAUAUAUAGAUGAAGUAAAGUUAGAUCCUAAUUCUCAAAUAACUAUUAGUGAUGAUAAAUGCUAUCAAAAUUUUCUAUCAUUUUCUGAGAAAAAUACACAUAAUAAUGAAAAAAAUGAAGUUACGUUUGAUCCAAAGAAUAAUGAAACUACUAUAGACGCAGCUUCUUCAGAAAUAUGUCAGGCUCAUACCAAAGACGAAAUUCAUAAAAAUAUCAUAGAAAAUAUUGACGAGGUGUCUUUGAAACCACAUAAGAAGAAAUGUAAAAGUAAAACUAAUUUAAAUGCCGACGUUUUACUGAACGGAAUUGACAAUAACCUCUCUCAAUCAGCAGAUAUAGACAAAAAUGAAAAAGGUGGGUCAAUAGAACAAAAUUUAAAAGCAGAUACUCUUGUAAAUUUGACUGCAAGUUGCUUGCAAGCAGUAGAAGAUAUAUCUAAUAUUAAAAGAGACGGCAAAGCUUUUGAUUAUGUAACACCUUUGUCAACAACAUCGAUCUCGGAUGUGACGGAUGGAGAUAGUGGUCAGCCUCAAGGUGUAACACAUAAUAUAAGCAGUGAAGUAUUAGAGGCAAAUGAUAAAAAGACUUCAAGCGGUAAAAAAAAUAAAACUGUUGACAUUGAUAUCAAUGAUAAAGAUAUUACAGAUGAUAAAGAUACAAUAAUGAACAUUGCUAUACCACUUCGUCGUAGUAGACGUGGUAAAUCAUUAUUUAUGGAAAAUACUUCUCUUGAAAAGGAAAUAACAAAUACUUCAGAGACGACCACAGAAAAUAAGGCACCACUGACUAAAAAGCAAUUAAUAUUUUCUAAAUUAUUACUCGAUGAAGGGAAACCAGAAAAAUUUUUUUCGGACAAAUUAGAUCAGUAUAAAAAGGAAGAUCUUUUGAAGAAUGUAUCUGAACAAGUUUAUAAAGAAAUUUCCAGUAAACCCCAAACUGAUAGUCAUAACGAUGUUUUUGAAAGGAACAAAGCCAGUAAACGUACAAUAUCUCCACAUAGUUCUCGGAAAUCAAAGAAACAAAAAUCAUUAGAUAACUGUGAGAGUAAUUUUAAUGACUGUAGUAAAACACAGAUAAAGAACCCUCUUGUAGAUUCUUUGCCAAAUACUAACAAUAGUACUGAAGAAAAAUCUUUGUCAUUAAUUGAUUUUAAAGAAAAUGAUAACUUGGUUCCUCAUGUUUCUAAUGAAGUGGAUACAUCUUUAGAAGUUAAUGUUUAUCAUAAAUAUAAUGAAAAACCAACGGUUUCUCCAGAAAAACGUAAAAUAAACAAUGAACUGGCAUUUGAGGUCAGCGGAAGUUCGAAACCGAAGAAGUGUAAAACAACAAAAAGAGAAAAACUUGAUAAUAACAUGAUGAUAGAAGUCGAUGAUCAUAUUAAAAAUAAAGAUGUCAAAACAAGUGAAUCUAACGACAGUUGUGCUUCUGGGCCCCGAACAACUUGUUAUAAUAUAUCAGCUCCAGCCAGGCGAGGUCGUUCUAAAUCUGUCGUAGUAAAAUCAUCGGGCGCCGAUUUGUAUGAUCCUUAUGAUAUCGACUUGGAAGAUAUGAUUGAACAACAUGAAUCGUUUAGAAGAAAAAAGAAGAGUUUGGAUCAUAAAUCUGAUAUAAGUCAAAAGAAAAGCAAAACGAGUGAACGGAUAGCAAUAGAUGAAAAUGAAAGUACCACAAUUGAAAAAAAUGUUACAGUAAAAGGUAAAUCUGCAAUGAGCGAUUCUGAUGAGUCUUCUAAAAGUGAUAUACCUCUACAAAAAUAUGUUGAAGAAAAAGAAAAGAAAAGCAUCGACACUGAAGUAUUUUCCACUCAAAAGAGUAAUUAUGAAAUCAGUGAAAGUUUAAAAGAAACUAAAUCGCUUAAGCAGUGUUCUAGCGAUACAAUUACUUUAGCUGAAAAUGAAGCGGAAGAAAAAUUACGAUCUGAUCAGUUUAUGGAAAGCUUUGGAUUCUUUUCAGAAAGAAAACCUAGAAAAUCGAACUUAUUAGCAACAAAGAAAAUCUCUGAGACUUUUCAUAUCAACAACGAAAGUGAUGAUAUGUAUUUUGGUUUUAAAGGAAGGUCAUCGAAAAAGAGUUUACAGAUAGAUAAAGAUACUAAAAAAUCUUUCGAUAAUGAAGGCUCUAAGUUGACUCAGCCUAGUACAUCUAAGAAAGCUGCUAAACGUGGACGUAAAAGAAAGAGCUGCACAAAAAUAUUACCUUCCUAUUGUGGCGUUUGUAAGAAAGAGUUUCGUCGACCAGAUAAUUUUCUUAGACACCAAAUCACUUUAUUACACAUAUCUAAAUUAUCAGAGGUAGAAUUAAAAGUUAAAACAUCUCCUGUUCAAGAAGAACCUAAUUAUUUAAUAGCUUACAAACAAUAUCUCGAAAGGUUUAAAAAAUUAACCGACAAAAUAUCCAAACUGAAAAGAAAAAAUCCUAAGGCAGCUGCAAAAAUUGUUUUACCAAGCAUGCAAGAAAUUCUCAGUGAUGUUAAUCGUGCCGUAAGAGAGCAACAGUUAUCCCAGCGUGGGUUAAGUCAUGAUGAAGAAUUGUUCAUUGACUGCUGUGAACUUUUGAAGGAAUCUCACAAUGGUGAUAAAGUUAAUACAACAAAUGAUGUCAAGUCUUCUAUGUCGGGCUUAGAUCUUUUAGAAAAUGUUAUUAAUGCAAGUUUUUCAAAUACUUUUGAGAGUGAUGAUGAUGAUGUAGAUUCAAUAACCGCUCAAAAUAUUUUAGAGAGUGAAGAAGUUCGAAAUCUUGAAAACGAUUUAAUAUCUGGUCUUAAAGAAGCUGCUAACGCUUCUCGUAAAUCUUGUAAUAAUCAUUGUCAAAAUUCUAAUCUCAAAACAGGAUCAGACAAUCCUAAUGAUAAGAUUUCAAGUCCCAAUGAAACUGGCGAUCAUUAUCAAAUGACUGAUUUUGAUAUGCCAGAAAAACAGAGAAGUAGCAGAGCUAAAAAACAUAGUAUUUGUACAGAAUUGAUUCCAGUUAAAGAAAAAAUGUAUCCAGAUGUUAUUGAGGACAUAGAUAUGUUUGAAGAUAAAUUUGAUAAAAUCAAAAGAAAAUGCAGAUCUCAAGCUGCUGCUGCGAAACAAACACCACCGGUUGUUAAAAUAACUACCAGCCAUAAAUCGCGACGGAAAUCAGAAAAGAAGAAAGGAAAAAGGAGCUCUAAAAAGACUAGACACCAAAGUACACAAGUACCUACUAAAGGUGCCUUGAAAGGUUUCGACGGCAUCAAAGUUUCUAUUCCAACGUCUGACAUUAAUUUGCCAUCAUUGGUCCCUGCUGUCGAAAAAGAUAGAAAGAAAAAGAAAAAUAGUUCUAAGAAAAGAAGAGAUAAAAAAGAUUCAGAAUCAAGUGGUAAAUAUGACAGCGAUCACCGUGGAAAAGAUAGUGCUAUCAGCCAUAAUAAAAAGUUAGAUGUCUAUGAAUUUAUGGAUAACGAAGAUGCUGAAUUAUUUGAAUUUAGACCGUCUACACUUAUGGAGAGGUUUAAAAGUAUUAGCAACAAAGAGACACCAAGUACAUCCAAAUUGACUUCAGUGGUAAAGGAUAAUUCCAGUGAAAGUGGAUCGGAUGGUGAUGAUUUCGUGUAUAUGUCGGAUGAUUAUGUAUGUAGCGACGAUGAAACGGAAAAUAGUUUACUUUCAUGUGAAAAUGGAAAUGCAAAACUGGGAAAUGAUGCCAAGAAGAACGUAUCGCCACAAAAAAGGAAGGAUGUUGUUGAAAAGAAUGCUGUGAUGGGGAAAAUAUUUAAGCAUAAUGCUGUGAGGUCAGAAAAGAAAAUUACUGUACCUAAGGAUCCGGUCAAGCCUAAGGCAAACCUUGAUCAAUUAUUUGAUAGUUUACUAGAAGAAGAACCCAGCACAUCAAUGUUGAACAGCGAAUUAGAUUCACCCAGAAAAGAUAAUAAACAGCUACCUCUAAAGAAACAUACUUUGACUUCUUCUACAUACCAUUCCGAUCUGGACUUUAAUAUGUCAGAUGAUGAAAAGACUUACGAUUCUCAUUCACCAGACAGACCUAAAUUUGUUACAGCAUCUACAUCGAAGUCCAUAGAAGAGUUUCAAGAACUUGAUACUCAUCAUAAAUCUUCUUUAGAAGCUGUGCCUUUAGAGAGCUGUGCUUCUCCCUCAUUUAUAGAUUACGGACCAAGUACGUCUAAAAAAUAUGACAAACAAUUACAGAAAGAAUAUAAAAAUAUAUCACCAAAAAGUUAUGAUUCAGUAUCAUUAAAGAAAAAUGAGGAAAUGUCUCAUAAACACUGUGAUACUAUGAUAUCGAAACACAGUGAGGCUUCUACAUCGAAACAAGAUGAGAUCUUUAAACCAUUUGAUGAUUUUAAAUCUAAAUCAUCGGCCAAGAAAUUAGACCGAUGUGUCAGUUCGAGCUUCGACUACGGUGAGGAUAUAUACGAUGCAUCAGUAUUUGAUGAAAGUGGAGUAGCAAGACAGAGAGCACGACGAAAAUGCACUGUUGGAAAACAAAACAUUUUAGCUGAAUCCUGGAGUUCAGAGUCGGAGCCGGAUGGCGGACCACAGCGACCUAACAGUGCAGAAUCUGUAGUAGCUGGUUCAGGGCGUAAAAAAAAGGGAAAGAAGAAGGACGGUCAGCAAAAUACCGGAAAGCGAGGUAAUAACCGUCAAAUGACUUUUAAAAGGUACGACGUCGGAAGCAGGGUAAAUAGUAGUAACCGUAAUACGUCGAGUGGUGGUAGCACGGUUGGACCAAGUACCUCAACAGUUGAUGAUGGAAUAACACCUGGACCGAGUGGUUUAGGAAGUAAAGCGUCGGUACCUAGUACAUCAGCGGCGGCAGCGGAAGCAGAAGCAGCUGCAGCAGCUGCCAUGCCCGCACCUUCUACGUCGCAAGCGCCGACUGCCUCUGGCCAGAAAGGUCGCCAACGGUCCGUUGCCUACUACUGGUCUUCAGAAGGUGACGAUGAGCAGGAGCACCAGCAGCAGCACGGGUGGAUCGUGGGCGACAGCCAUAAAAAAUUAGUUACGAUGCUAGCACACGCGAAGGGUCGUAAGCGCAACAAUGAUGAUAAGCGUAAUUUGGUUGAAUAAGGUUAUUUAGGUUACUAUUAUUGUUGUAAAUAUAUUGUAAAUAGUUCUUUAUAUAUGUUUCUUGAAUUAAAACAGGAGACCUUAUAGACCAUUAGCCGCUGUACAUAUGUCUUUUUAUCUUAGUUAAAUUAUGAAUGAUACUGUGAGGACUGGAUUUAUUUAAUGGAUUGUUUAACAGCCCUUACAGUAUGUAUAUUAGUUGAAUCUUAAAAUUAUUUUUAUUGGAUUUUAAUAAAUUUUGUCGAUGUUUCAAGUCCUCUAUUGUACGAAUUGAUGGUUAAUUGUCUACUUUAAUUAAUAUGGUAAUUAUGACAAUCGGACGGGGUACAUUAAAUGUACAGAUUAUAUGGUGUAGCUAAUAACAGUAUUCAAUAUUUACAUUGUAAUAUGUGUAAUUCAAAUUUUUUUCUGCCAUAAUGUAAUCAAGUUAGGUAAUGUUCUACGGCUAACAUUUCGUAUCAAUAAUUUUACUUCAACACUAUUAGCUAAUUGUGACGUUGUUUUACUUCAGUGUCCAUUUCAAAGGUGAAGAUUUCUAAUUUUUAUCCACCUUGCGGUGUUAAGCAUUCUUGUUCGACUCUUAUUCACCAUUGCUUAUACAAGAUAGUCCAAGUUCUAUGUGUUAUAGCCGUUUAUUGUAAGUGCAUAUUAGUGUUACCGAAAUAUAUUCGUAAUUAUUGUCAUGUUAUAGGGCUCUCUUAUCGCUACGUUAAAAGUGGCAUUUACAAUGUGUACAUAAUGUGAGGUGUUAUUUUAUUUUACAGUUCCUUCUAGUUUUCGAAUUUUAUGUCAGUUUUGCCCCGUCUUUCGUUGUUUGACUAACUUUUGGUUAGUUUAAAUAAAUCAUUUGUUGAGGACAAUUAGGUAUUUGUAUCGUCAAAGUAUGAGGUAUGGCAUAAUAUGAUAAUUAUAAAUAUUAUAAAUGUAUUUUAUUUGGGAAAUUUAUUAUCACCUUAGUUAGCAUAUCCUGUAUCUCCGUAUAUUAUUAUUUAACAGGAGGUGAAUAAUAAGACAUUUUAGAAAAUUUGAAAAUAUACCUGGUGUUUGUGCCGUCCUGGCAAUAUAAAUUUGUGAAGGAGUAUCAGGGUUGCAUCCGAUUUUUUUUAUUUGGAAGCAUCGGUUUACAAUUUUUAUACACCUGAUUUUUCUUGAUUUGCUUAUUAAGGUGAGUUUUUUUUUAAUAGGAAAGUUUGUCUGAUACUGUCUGUAAGAGGCUGAUAACGUGGUGGGAGUGAUGAAUUGUGUAUUUUUGAGUUGAUUCAUUUGUUAACUAUUUUUAUACUUACAUUAGAUUUGCGUAUGUAGUCAAUGUUAAUUAACAUUAUAAUUAUGAAAUCUCAAUGCAUUAGCUAUUGUUUUUUUUCUAGUCCAGAAAAAUAAAGACUAAAAGCCUCAUUAUCAGCCUCGGUACCAUGUGAUUUAUCAAAUAUUUAAAGAAGACUUAUUAUUUUCUAAAUUUACACAAGUAUGUUCAGUAGCUUGUGUGUAAUGUUUAAUUUGUUUAUAAUUAAAUAAACUUUAUCCUUAAUUAAAGCUCAAUGUUUAAAAGUC